AUGGCGACAGCAGCGGAAGCACCCAUACCGCCUCAAGUCGAAAACGUGACGCCACAUGCCAAACCUCAAGAGUUAUCAUUUCCCCUUCCAAAGGCAUUGCAUACGACCGCACACGUCCAUCUCACAUUCUUGGACACAUGCGCAACGGUAUUCCUGGCGACAUCGACACCGGGUGACUCGGCGGGCUCCGUGAAAUCGAUGGGGAGCUUCGUUUACGCUAUGCCGGAUCGCUCGAACCCUCGCAGCACUAUAUCCACAACGCUAUAUAGCAUCCCUGGAAGUGUGGAAUACACGACUCGGAUCGCUAAGAUCCUAGCUCGUCGUAUGAGGAUCCCAGUCUACGUGGGCUGCAGCAUUGAUCCGACAGCGCUCGGGCUAUUGGUUGAGGAAGAGAUGGAAGGGUUGACGAAGAUAGUGGAGGUAAUUAUGCAGCGGUGGGAAGAAUCCAGGAAAUGA